AACUCCUCCUCUACUGAAGCUGAACUCCAGCUUUCACCAAGAACGGAAAAAAGAAAGAGUGUGACCGGAGAAGCGGCUUGACAAGAGAUCAACUUGAUCAGAAGAGAAUCACAGGCUCAAACUCUGAGACUGAAGAAAGGAAGGCUUUGGAAGAAUCUGAAUCUAUAACUAAGAACUAGAAACGAUGUCUGCUGGAAUGAAGAAAAUUAUCCUUCUCCCUGUGCUGUGCAGUUUGUUUUCAUACAUGGCUGCAGGUCAGGAGUGCAGUGGUCAGUGUUCCUGCCCCUCUACCCCACCUCAGUGUCCCCUAGGAGUGAGCCUUGUGCUGGACGGCUGCAGCUGCUGCAGGGUGUGUGCCAAACAGCUGGGCGAGCUCUGUGCUGAGAAAGACAUCUGUGACCCCCACAAGGGUCUCUACUGCGACUUCGGAGCUCCCACCAAUAGACGCAUUGGAGUGUGCACAGCUCGGGAAGGUGCCACCUGUGUGUUUGGCGGCAUGGUGUACAAAAACGGAGAGUCGUUUCAGAGCAGCUGUAAGUACCAGUGCACCUGUCUGGACGGAGCUGUGGGCUGCGUCCCGCUUUGCUCCAUGGACAUCCGUCUGCCCAGCCCAGACUGCCCCAUGCCAAAACGUGUCAAAGUGCCUGGGAAGUGCUGCGAGGAGUGGAUAUGUGAUUCUCCCAGAAAGAACCCCUUCCUUGGCUCUGCUUUGGCCGCAUACAGAGAGGAGGAGACGUAUGGUCCAGACCCCAAUAUGAUGAGGGAGAACUGCCUAGUUCAGACUACUGAAUGGAGUGCCUGCUCUAAGACCUGCGGUCUUGGGAUAUCUACCAGGGUCACCAACGACAACCACGAGUGCAGGCUAGAGAAACAGACUCGGUUGUGCAUGGUGAGACCGUGUGAAUCCCAGCUGGAGCAGAGCAUUAGGAAAGGCAAAAAGUGCAUUCGCACUCCCCGAGUGUCUAAGCCCAUGAAGUUUGAGAUUUCAGGCUGCACCACCACCAAGUCCUACAGGCCAAAGUUCUGCGGCGUCUGCCUGGACGGCCGCUGCUGCACCCCCCACAGGACCACCACCCUGCCCAUGGAGUUCAAAUGCCCCGACGGCCAGGUCAUGAAGAAGCACAUGAUGUUCAUCAAGUCCUGCGCCUGCCACUACAACUGCCCCGGUGAGAACGACAUCUUCGAGGCUAUGUAUUACAAGAAGAUGAUCGGAGAUAUGGCGUGAGCCGCUAAGGGACGAUCCAAGCUUAUGACUUGAAAAGAAACAGAACUCCAUCUCAAUUUGCAGCUCAGUAUAUAUGCCUUUUGAACAUGUCAGUUUCCUAUUGUAAAAGUAGCCCAAAUACUUUGAAUGGCUGAAGCAUGUCAGUCACAUAGACUCAGACAGAGGGCUGCAUUGCAGCUCCAAAAGAUUUAUGCACUAUAACUUUUUAUUUUUGAAAUGACAAACCUGCUGUCGGGUUUCUGCCCAUUCCAUGUUAUUUUUCAAAUCCAUCUAUUUUUUCUUUAUGCAUAUUUAUAGCAUAUUUAAAUGCUGACCUCCUCUCUAAAUGAGGUGUCUAAUUAGCCCCCCUUCCCUGAGUCCAAAGACCAGACCUGUAAACUCUUAGCAGCUGUAGAGGGAGCACACCGACCACAGCCAGCCAGUGUUCCACUGUCCAAACAGGUCUGAAUGUGUCCUUGUAUGAGUGUGUGUGAGUGGAGGGCUGAAUGUCGGCCUUGUCCAUGUGUGUGCAGUUACAGAGUGGAGGAAAGGUCAGGGCAUGUGGAUGAGAAACCAAGCCACACACUGAGUUUAGGUUUAGAUAUGGAACGCAGUUGCAAUGGCACUGAGAAAAGAAAGUAAAUAAAAAACGUGUUGACUGUAACUAAUUCAGGUCUAUUUUGUAUAAAAAAAAAAGUAGAAGAACAGACUGGAAGGAUUGUAUUUUCAUUCCUUUUUUCAUGUUGAUAUGUAAAUGUUGUACAUAUUUGUAGAGUUUAAUUUAAUUUGAAGAUCAAAAUUUGUUCUGCGCUUUAAAAGUCUACAGUGUAUGUUGCUGACGUUUACUGUUUUUAUUGAAAAGUGUGACAAAAAUGUUGCAUGUUUCACUGUGUAGCAGGAAAUAAAAUCUUAUAUUUUUAUAAAAACUA